AUGCUGGCUUCGAGGACGGUAUGCGCUCGCUGCCGGACCAGGCUUCUAGCUGGCGCGAUCGCUGCCAGCACCACCCGCCCGAACUCGACAGCAAGUUUCCCCUCCGUCACUGCCGAGCAACCCUCCGACACGACAGCGCAGCCACCGCGGGCCCAGGCCUCUGAGGCUUCUCCAAACAAGACCCGUUCAAGAAGAUCAAAGAACGAUGCCGAUGCGAAGAAGCGAGCGCUGGACUUGUUCGAAAGCGCCAUCAACAAGAGCAGGGGCGAAGAAGCCGUUGCGCAGGAGACGCCGUACACCUUGGAGAAGCUGGCCCGGCUUGCGAAAAUACUCGAUACUGUCCUGAACUCGAAUUUGAAGAAGAACAUCACUAUUGAAAUCGCAGCGAGGAACUUCGUUAUUCUGGAGACAGAGGUCUUGCCAAGUUUACGAAACUCGAAGAUACCACAACCUAUCUUGAUGGAAGCUUCGCAAGCAUUGCGACAACUUAUAGACUUCAAACUCGUCAAUACGCAUGCGAAAGAACUCCCGAGCCUGACAGACCUCUGCCGACUCAUGUCUGAUUUCGGAAAUGUGAAGCCUCAGUCACGUUUGCAGUUCAUUAACACAUUCCUAAAUGCAAUCUUACCAACGCUUUCCGAAGCAAAAGAUGACGCCAACAUGGAGUCCGCAACUGUAGAAGAGAGGUUACUACAGGAUCUUGUCGAUUUCUGGAAGCAUUUUACUGCGUUACGGCGCGUGGACAGCGGUCUCCGAUCCGAGCCGAAAUUCUGGCUCACCUCGAGACCGGACUUGCGAAGCAGCGACCAGCCGGUGAAGCUCUUCAGGCUGCUACUGCAUUCUGUAGCAGCCAACGUGGUCGGAUUGGACACUGCGUUAGUGACUACUUAUGUCCUACUUUCAGACCCUGCAUACGAACACACAAAAGCGAGGGAAGAUGCGGCGCCUCUCCUCGAAGCGUUGGAACCCAUUAUCAAGCGUUUCGACCGCGGAAAACUUCACCCUCUAUUUGAGGCGCAACCUAAGUUGUGGCAGUUUGUUGAACCAAGGGCAGACUGGCGGGUCAUUCAAGCGGCUCCCAACGUGUUGGGUGAGUUCGCCACUGCUGCGCCAGACGGCUGGGCCCCAAAACAUGGCAAAUUCGCCUACGCACUGUGGCACAAACGCUUCAACAUGGCGUACCGUGGAAACGACCAUGCAGCCGUGCAGCAGGCUUGGAGAGAUCUUAUCGAGCCACCUAAUGAUGCAAGUCGGGCGGGCAAACUCCGUAGAUGUCCUGAGCUGUUCGAUUACAUAUUGCACAUUGCCUGCCAUAAAUCUCGAUAUGAGAAGGCCAUAUACACGCAGGUCAUCUACGAGGUUUUAGAAUACAUGAAGGCCAUCGGCCUCGAGCCAACAAUCAGGACAUACACCUCUAUGAUGGAGGGUUGGAAGCUGGCAAAACGAAUCGAGCCUAUCGAACACAUGUGGGAGUCUAUCACGACAGUCGGGCUGAAACUGGACCAUCAGAUUUGGUCAAGUCGGAUAUCUGCGCUUGGCGGGCUUGGAGCAGGGUGGGAUGGCAUCAGAGCGCUCACCCAGAUGGACAAAGCGUGGCAAGAGGCAGUAAAGAACGGAACAGAGGACCAGGCUCUCAAACCUGCCAUGUCGAACGUAAAUGCGGCAAUAUCCGGGCUUCUGUGGCGAAACCGCAUGGACGGCGUAAAGAAGGUCUUGGAGUGGGCUUCUGAGAGGGGCCUGCAGCCUGACAUCUACACCUUCAACAUGCUUCUCUCCAGCAUGUUGAAGCAAGGCAAACACGAGGAGGCGGACAGGAUACUAGUCAGCAUGAAAGCGGCAGGUGUCAAGCCAGACGGCGCCACUUUCACCAUUAUCAUGGAUACCGCCUUCGCCGACAUAUCCCAGCAGUCGCCCGAGGAGCAGAAAGCCACUAUUGGGAAUGUCUUCAGGGAAAUGAAGGCCUGCGGUAUCGACCCGAAUCAGGAGACGUAUGCCAAGAUGAUACAUUCUCUCAUCAGACAGGGCGACGUCGCGCGGUCGUCCAUCACAGCCAUCCUCGCCCACCUGCGCGCCACUGGCCAGCAGCCCUCCACCGAGAUCUGCACCAUGCUCGUCGAGUACUUCAUCGACCAUCAGCCCGACCUCGACACCGUCCGCGCCCUCGUUGACGACCGCCGGUCCCGCGCACGCGCUCUGACGGACCGCGUCUUCUGGGAGACCGUCAUCAAGUACUACCACCGCGCAGACGACCUCGACGGCGCUCUCGAGAUCGUGUACGACCUCGACGACUGGGGUAUCUGGCCUGGCCUGCCGCUGCUGGAGCCCCUGCUCCGGUCACUACUUCACCGCAAGGACUGGGACGCCGCUAAGAAGCUCGUGGGCACCGUACGGCGACAGCCCCGUCCGGAGGCUGCUGACCGAGAAAGUCGGUACUGGAGGCAUGCUUUCUGGGCUGUGGCAAGGGAUUACGACUUGGUUGAUCACAACGCACAGGUGGUGCAGAAUUAG